AUGAAUUGGUUGAAUGAAGUGGCUGUGGGUGUGUCUCGGGGAAUAAGACAGAAUCCGCGAACCCGGUCGGCGGACAAGGUCAUGAUACAUGGAAAACAGCUGGAAAGUGCCGUAGCCUCGAGACGUAUCACGAUAAAAGUUACCAGUGAAGGUCUCGAUUGGUGA